AUGAAGCACGCCAAGGGGUUAAGGACGCUCUUCUGUGGAGCUCUGUUUUUACUUCAUUUAUGUUGGGAAGCCACGUGCCACAAGGUGUAUAAGGUUGGGCCAGAACCCAUCCCCUGUUCGCAAUGCAGAGACGUACGGGAAUGUAGUGCGUGUGUGUUUGAGGAACAGGAGUCUCCAUAUGCAAUCCACUUGAAGCUAAACAAGAACAAGCCAAAUGACCACAGCAAUUUGAAAAAGCAUCACGAUUCGCUGAAGCUCGGAGGGGUGAAGUACUACGUCAAGAGGGGAGAAGGAAUUUCAGGCAGUUUGGGUAACCCAUCGGGGAACACCCUGAAUGAUAUAGACAGGAUUAACGAGGAGAUCAGAAACAGGCGUGAGGACAGCGCUCAGGGGGGCAGGAACUUCAUUGACAUUAGCAGUUAUGGAAAGGAUAGCUUGUCAGACUACUUUGUGGGUGUGCAGAAGCAUGCCUACACGGAGGUGGGGAGCAUAAACGGGGGAAGUAACGAAGGUGCAGGUGACCACCCCGCCAGGGUGGAAAAGAACUUCAUCGACCUGAAGAACACCAACGCAGUGGUGGAACAGACGGAGGAGAACGUCUUCCUAGUCCCGCUGAAGCAUUUGCGAGAUAGCCAAUUUGUUGGGAAGCUCCUAGUUGGGGUUCCUCCACAGGAGAUCCACCCCAUCUUCGACACAGGCAGUACAAAUCUGUGGGUCGUUACAACAGAUUGUGAAGAAAAUUCUUGCAAAAAAGUUAACAGGUACAAUCCGUAUAAAUCCAAAACGUUUAGGAGGUCCUUCAUAGGGAAGAAUCUUCACAUCGUUUUCGGAUCGGGUUCUAUUUCAGGAUCCAUUGGGAAAGAAACGUUCGUCUUAGGAGACCACACAGUACGCAACCAAACCUUUGGCUUAGUGGAGAGUGAAUCGAAUGACAGUUUAAAUGGAGAUAACAUUUUUGACUACAUAGAUUUUGAGGGGAUUGUUGGGUUGGGAUUCCCAGAAAUGCUAUCUGCAGGGAAGGUUUCCUUUUUCGAUAACCUACUAAAGCAGAAUAAAAAUUUGUCACCCCAGUUUUCUUUCUACAUUUCACCAGAUGACAACACAUCUACAUUUAUAAUAGGUGGUUUGAGCAAAUCCUUUUACGAAGGUAGUAUUUAUAUGCUUCCCGUCAUUAAGGAGUAUUAUUGGGAAGUGGAGUUGGACGCCAUUUACGUGGGGGAGAAGAAAAUUUGCUGUGAGGAGAAAAGUUACGCGAUUUUCGACACAGGAACGUCCUACAACACUAUGCCCAGUGCACAGAUAAAGGACUUCUUCGAUGUAGUUGCUUCUGUCCCUUGUACGGAAGAGAAUUACCAGGACGUCCUCAAGAAAUAUCCCGUCAUUAAGUAUGUCUUUGGCGACUUAGUUAUAGAACUUAUGCCUGAAGAAUACAUGAUUUUAAAUGAGGACAGUUGCAUCCCGGCGUACAUGCAGAUUGACGUUCCCUCUGAGAAGAACCACGCGUACCUCCUCGGAAGCAUUGCCUUCAUGCGGCACUACUACACGGUCUUCGUGCGUGGCGUGGGGGGAAAACCGUCCAUGGUGGGCGUUGCGAAGGCCAAGUCGGCUGCACCGGCUGUGAAGUGA